UCUCUCGCUCUCAGUGACUCUCAGAGUACACAACUAUUCCGAAUCCGAAUCCGAAGCCGAAGCGAUAGAAAAGCGGAUCGCCAUCUAUAACGACCGGCAUAACGGCACUUAACGUUGUCCGAGAUCGUUCGGUCUGUAGAAGAAGUCCGAGGCAAGAUUCGCGACACGUGCUUUUUGCACUUUCUCCUUUGAGUUUCUCGUGAAUAGCUGUAUGUUUGUGAAGUUUUCUCUUCUCGACUCAAGUUUUCCGAAGGAAAAGUGUAUAUAUUUGUGAAUGGUGAAUACGUUGUAACGCAACAUGAAUCGCGACAAAGACUUCGGCCAGCGAAAGCCCGAAAACCCGCUCCAGACGGCUUCGUUCAUUUCACAACGAACGUUUUGGUGGCUGAAGGACAUUUUCCGUGCCGGUCACCGGAAGGAAAUCACCGAAGACUUACUCUACUCGGCGCUUCCGGAGCACCGCAGCGAACAAUUAGCCGCUCGGUUCGAUCGGUUAUGGGCCCAGGAGUUGCGCCGUCCGCAGCCCAAAUUACUGCGGGCGUUGUGGCGAGGUUUCGGCGCAGUAACCCUAUUCUGGGCAGUUAUGUAUUCGCUCGUCGAAUCGACCGUGGUUGUUUCGCGUCCGCUGCUUCUCGGCGGACUGAUUGCGUACUUCUCGCCGAACCAGACGGAAAUCAGCGAACGCGAAGCGUACGGCUACGCGGCCGGCGUUAUCACCAGUUCGCUGAUACCGGUUAUCACAUUUCAUCCCUACAUCUUAUUCAUCUUUCAAAUUGGGCUGAAACUGCGCGUUGGGUGUUCCUGUCUUAUCUACAACAAGAGCUUGAAGCUGACCAAAUCUGUAACCGCCAGCGAGGGAUUGAACGGGAAGAUCUUGAAUCUGCUAACCAAUGACGUCAGUAGGUUUGAACCCGCCCUCGCGUUCGUCUACAAUCUGUGGAAGGGUCCGCUGGAGUCCUUGCUGAUCGGUUACCUAAUCUACACGGAACUUGGCUUCGCGGGACUACUGGGAAUGGCCUUCCUGCUUAGUUUUCUUCCCUUACAGGCCUGGAUAGGGAAAAAGGCAGCCACCUUCCGAAUGAGGGCCGCCAAGCGAACGGAUGUUCGAGUUCGCUUCAUGAACGAGAUCAUCCAAGGUAUCCAGGUGAUCAAGAUGUACACCUGGGAGAACUCCUUUGCAAAGAUGGUGGAUGACGUUCGCCGCAAAGAGGUCAAGGCUCUGCGUGGAAGUGCGUAUGUGCGGGCUACGUUGAUUUCGUUCUUCGUGGUUUCCAGGAUCUCCGUAUUUCUGAGUUUGCUGUCGUACAUCUACACGGGAAAUGCGAUCACGGCUCGCCAAGUGUUCAUCUUGGCCAACUAUUACAGCAUGCUGCACGAUUCGAUGGUUCAUUACUAUUCGUUGGCCAUUACGUGCUGUUCGGAGGCGUUGAUCUCCGUUGUACGGAUUCAGGAGUUUUUGCUGACGCCGGAGGGGAAGAUGGGGAGUGUACAGGGAGCAGUCGAAGAAAGUAAUGGAAGUAUACUGAUUGAGGACGAAGAGAAGAAGAAAGCAAAGAGCAAUGGGUUAGUGCCGAAUGGUUUAGUGAAUGAAGAAGAGGUGGAGAAGCUGUUGCAGUCGAAACGACUAGUGAAGUUGAACAGCGACAAGAAGAACAUUGUGAUGGAAGAUGUGACAGCUCGAUGGGUUAUCAGUGAGGAUGAAUCGAAUGCGGGAGUGACGUCAGUUAGCACAACGGUGGAAAGUGGAAGAUUGUGUGUGGUGAUUGGACCGGUGGGAUCAGGGAAGACUACGUUGUUACAGGUGGUCUUAGGGGAACUUGAAGUAGAUCAAGGGACGGUGCAGGUCAACGGAUCGAUAAGUUAUGCAGCGCAAGAACCAUGGCUGUUCGACAGCAGCGUUAGGAGCAAUAUUCUGUUUGUUGAAGAGUACGACGAGCAGCGGUACUUGGAAGUGGUUCGCGUAUGUGCUUUAGAGCGGGACUUUCAGUUGUUCCCGCAUGGUGAUCAGACGAUUGUUGGCGAGCGUGGAAUCAGCUUGAGCGGAGGACAGAAGGCUAGAGUGAACUUGGCUAGGGCGAUCUACAAGAAGAGUGAUAUCUAUCUGCUGGACGAUCCACUCUCAGCAGUAGAUACUCAUGUAGGGAAGCAAAUCUUCGAGAUGUGCAUCAAAGGAUUCUUAGCGGAUAAAGCCGUUACGCUUGUGACACAUCAGUUGCAGUAUCUGAAUGACGUUCAGCACGUCAUAUUGAUGAAUGGAGGCCAAAUUGAAGCUCAAGGACCCUAUAGGGAAAUCAAAAAGACAAUGAUCGAUUCAAUUCUUGCAAUGACUCCAGAAGAGUCGCCAGAAGAGGAUAAAUUGAACAUCCGAAAGAUCAGCACUGACAGUGAGAUGAUCGAUUUGAACCAAAAGAAGCAGAUUGAAGAAAAGGAGUCUCAAGGUGAGGGUACCGUGGGCUUCUCGGUGUACAAAACCUACAUUACCGCGAUCAACAGUUGGGUUUGGAUAUUGUUCAUCUCCGCUCUGAUAUUGUUGGCACAGGUGUCCGUUAGCAGCGUAGAUUACUUCCUUGCCCAGUGGGUUAACUGGGAAGAAUCACUUGGCAAGGUAAACCAAGACGUAGUCUACCGCAAAGAAAACCAAACUACCGAUGGUCUUGCAGAACCAGUCAAUCAUGUAUCCGAACGUCAGCAGCACAUUCAGAUCUACGCGAUCCUAAUUGCGGUCUUCAUCUACCUUAUCAUCCAGCGUACGUUCUCGUUCUUCUACGCGGCUUUGCGGAUCUCGACAAACCUCCAUGAUCGCAUGUUCCACAGCCUGACCCGAGCCACGAUGCACUUCUUCAACAGCAACUCUUCCGGUCGAAUAUUGAACCGCUUUUCCAAAGACAUCGGAGCGAUCGAUACCUCGCUGCCGAUGUCACUCCAUGAAUGUCUGACGAUCUUCCUGGAGAUAACCGCCGUAGUCGUGCUGGUCUCGAUCGUCAACUACUGGUUCCUCGUACCGACCGCGGUGAUCGCCACGAUCAUGUACCUCCUCCGCAGGAUCUACCUGAACACGUCGCGUGUCGUCAAGCGGAUUGAAUCGGUGAACCGGUCGCCGAUCUACGCACACCUGAAUGCCACCCUUCAGGGCCUGGCCACGAUACGGGCUUGCGAUGCGCAGAGCAUCCUGCGCCGCGAAUUCACCGACCAUCUGGACGUGAACACAUCGGCGUGGUUCAUCUUCGUAACGGCGACGCGGGCGUUCGCCCUGUGGUUGGACUUUGUUUGCGUGAUCUACAUUGCGCUGGUAACGAUGAGCUUCCUGGUGACCGAGGGGGAUUACUUGGGUGGAAGUGUGGGACUGGCGAUCAGUCAGGCUCUCACCUUGAUCGGGAUGUGCCAGUGGGGUAUGCGGCAGUCCGCUGAGCUGGAAAAUGAGAUGGUUUCCGUGGAGCGGGUUAGGGAGUACGUGGAUCUGCCCGUGGAGUCGGGACAGGAGGCGGGUUCGGUGAAUUCGUUGAAGGGUGACUGUUGGCCGAAUGAAGGAAUGGUGGAGUUUGUGGAUGUUGAUCUGCGGUAUUCGGAGAGCGGGGAGAAUGUGCUGAAGAGCGUGAAUUUCUCGAUUCGGGCAAAGGAGAAGGUAGGAAUAGUGGGUCGGACAGGUGCCGGGAAGUCUUCGUUGAUCCACGCGCUGUUCCGAUUGGCUCCGUAUGACGGUACGAUUAGGAUUGAUGGGGUUGAUACGAAGACGUUGGGGUUGCAGGACCUGCGAAGAAAGAUAUCGAUCAUUCCGCAGGAUCCGGUAUUGUUUUCUGGAACUCUGAGGAGUAAUCUGGAUCCUUUCGGUGAGAGCUGCGAUGCAGAGUUGUGGAGUGCGCUGGAUCAGGUAGAGCUGAAGCAGGUCGUGAACUCUUUGGGCGGAGGUCUUGACUGCAAGAUGUCCGAUGGAGGUAGCAACUUCAGUAUGGGUCAACGGCAGCUGGUUUGUCUGGCUCGAGCGAUUCUCAGAAACAAUAGGAUUCUGGUGCUGGAUGAGGCCACAGCCAACGUCGAUUCAGAAACUGACAGACUCAUUCAGACUACAAUCCGCACUAGGUUCGCCGAUUGUACGGUGUUGACGAUCGCUCACCGACUGCACACGAUCAUGGAUAGCGAUCGAGUGCUAGUGAUGGAUGCUGGGCGUGUGGUGGAGUUCGGUCAUCCGCGUGAUCUACUACGGGGUGCGGACGGAGGAUAUCUUCGUUGGCUGGUGGAUCAGAUGGGAGCGGAAAGUGCGGUUCUACUUGGGCGCAUUGCCGAAGAAGGAGAUCAUCGGGACUAAGAUCAGGAAUAGAGUAUCGAAUUCACUGAGUAAAUUGUGAGGCAAAGUAAUACGUUUGAACUUGACCGUACAAAUAUCUUUUACCGAUUGUGUGUAACAUGAAAUACGAUUAAUUUCCUUCUCUGUUUUCUCUUCCGUAGUGUAUCACAGUUCAUGCGGAGGUUAUGGGUCUAUCCCAGAGUAAGAAGUGCUGUCUGAAAAAAACACUCCGGGGAAUGUUGUUCCCAAUAAAGCUUGGGAUUCCGAAAACCAGCGUGUGCUAGCGACACUCGGUCUUGAACAGACGAAAACGGCACGUGAGGCUAAAGGACCAUUUCGAGAAGCCGACGCUACAUCCAAGGUAUCGCAUCUCCGGGGUUUGAUUGCCAAACGGUACUUAGGAAGCGAGGACAUUGAGAAUUAUUCGAGCGUCUCUCCCUCCGUGGCAGGGCUGAAGCUGGACGAAAAGCUCCUGAAACCUUUCAAUACUCUAACGACGAAUGCUGGGC